AUGGAUUAUAAUGAAACCUUUGCACCUUUGGAUGUGAAAUCUGCCUUCUUAAAUGGUGUGCUUGAAGAGGAGGUGUAUGUAGAUCAGCCCGAUGGAUUCAUUGUCCAAGGAGAGGAGGAUAAAGUGUACAAAUUGCAUAAGGCCUUGUAUGGUUUGAAGCAGGCACCUAGAGCAUGGUAUGGAGAGAUAGAUUUUUAUCUUGUACAAUGUGGUUUUAAGAGAAGCACUAGUGAAGCAACAUUGUAUGUUAAGUGCAGAGGAAACUCAGAUUUGGUCAUUGUAUCUAUCUAUGUUGAUGACAUAGUCUAUACAGGAAAUUCUCUGGAGCUGAUGCAGAAUUUCAAGACUGAUAUGAUGCAAAGUAUUCCCGUUGUACCAAAUGAUAAGUUGAGAAGAGAUGAUGAUAGUGGUGCUGCAGAUGAAGCUCAAUAUAGGAAAAUUGUGGGAAGCUUGUUGUAUCUCACAGCAACAAGGCCUGACAUAAUGUAUGAUGCAUGCUUGUUGGCAAGUGACUGGUUUGGAUCGGAAGAGGACAUGAAGAGUACAUCCGGAUAUGCCUUUACAUUUGGCAGUGGAGUUUUCUCUUGGACAUCCGUGAAUCAACAAUGUGUUGCUUUAUCUACAGUUGAGGCAAAAUAUGUGAGUGCAUCAGAGGCAACUGCACAAACCACUUGGUUAAGACUGUUGCAACCAAUGAACUGUGACAAUACCUCAGCCAUUGCUAUCACUAAGAAUCCUAUAUUCCAUCAGAAAACCAAGCACAUAAAUUGGAAGUAUCACUACAUCAAAGAAGCAUUGCAGCAAGGAGUGAUCGAUUUAGUUUAUUGUCCUACAAAAAAGCAAGUAGCUAAUAUCUUCACCAAAGCGCUGGCAAGAGAGCAGUUCACUUAUCUUAGGGAGCUUCUUGGUGUGAAAUCAAUCCACAAUUUAAAGGGAGUGUUAGUGUAUAAAUUAGUGAACUGA